AUGGAGGACACAGGCAAGUAUGCCUGCAAAUGUAACGAGACUACUACUGCUUGCUUCCUGGCCGUAGAUGAACGCAAGCAGCUCUAUCAUUUCAACCAGAAGCUUCCACGCACUGCCGAGGUGCAACGUGGAAAAGACCUUACAGUGGAGUGCUCGGUCUCUGAUCCAAGAGCCAAGGUUGAAUGGUUUCACAAAGGCGAGAAGAUUGAGGUGAGUCUUCCAGAGUUUGGAGAACUAAUUAUCUGCCAUUUAAGGACGAUCUCCAUUAGAAUAUAUCACAAUACUGGCGUUGUUAACUUAUAUAUAGAUUAA